AGGAGCUACCGCAAGAUAGAACCAAUCUAGUCAAUACCAUCUGGAAAACAUUAGAAGAAAUAGGUUCUCCCCUGGACAUAAGCCACUUCAAUGCUCUUUUAAGAGUAUACCUGGCAAAUAAGCACAAGUUCUCAUCUAGUGAUUUUCUAGCGAAACUUGCCGUAAAAGAGUUGGAACCAAAUAGAGUGACCUUUCAAAGACUGAUAUCAUGCUACUGUGCAGAUGGGGACAUUGAUGGUGCUGGAGAUAUGGAGAGUGCAGCAGGAAUUCUGGACAUAAUGAGGAAUGCACAGCUGGAACCUAGCUCUGACACCUACACUGCUCUUCUAUGUGGAUAUGCAGAAAAUGGAGAUAUUGCAAACAUUAACAAGUAUAUAGAAGAUGCUGAAAAAAGGGCGACGUACCUUGGAGAUAAAGAUCUACUUGAUGUAAUGUUCACACUGGCCAUUAAUGGACAUAAUGAGCACACCCAAGCUCUCAUGACUAAGAUGAGGAAGGAGACGGGUUUCAACCAGGACGCCUACAACGCUGUGCUGAGUCUGGUCAACGAGGGACAGGACGACGUCGCGUACCAGCUGAUGCAGGCGAUGACGCGGCCGACACGACCAGACGGCACCGUCGCGCCCGUCGGCUUCUUCUUCUUGAGGCAACUCGUCAAGAACGAGCGCCCCGUUGAGAAGCUGAUGGGCAUCGCUAACGACAUGCAAGCCCGCAAGCUGAACGAGUACGCGCUGAGCAAGGUCACGGAGUGCACGCUGCAGCUGGGGAAGCUUGAGCACGCGCGUGCCUGCCUCGUCGAGAUGAAGAGGCAGGGGCUGCCGAUGCGCACGCACUACUUCUGGCCGAUCCUCGCCGCGUACGGACAGCGCGAGGACGGAGACAACGUCACGGCGACUCUGAAGCUGAUGGUCGACAUGGAGUGCGCGCCAACGUCGGAGACGUUCACCGACUACGUCCUGCCCUUCCUCUCCGCCGUGCAGCCGCUCGACCUUCUGACGGACAUGCAGGCUAUUGGGUGUCAGACGGCUCAAGUUGUCAAUGCUCUUGUCAUGCAUUUGCUGUACCAGAAUAAAAUAACUGAAGCUGCUGAUUUAGUUGACAAGCACCCUGUUCGUGCUCAGUCCAUGCGUAUUGUCAGACCACUUGCUGCUGCCUACAUUCGCUCUGGAGAUCUCGAUAGUUGUCUGAGGCUGCUUUCCCACAUGUGUGAGCACACGGCCGAGAAUCGUGAACGUCGCCUAAAAUCCGAUCAUGCUGGCCAAUUCAUCCUAGAUUAUGUACAGCAGAAGAAAGGGGAUGGCUUGGAUGUAUUAGUAACUGCAAUGGCUGAGAAGAACUUGAAGAUUUCUUCAGCAACUGCAGAGCAGGUUCAUGUGAUGCUGAAGGGCAAUGUGCCAGGAACAGUAGCUCAGGUGAUGGAUGGCAUGGUGUCGUCGCAGGUUGAGCUCUCGCCAGAAGAAGAACAGUUCAGCUCCUUUAUCACACAUCCGAGAGAAAUGAACGUCGAAGAUCUGGAGAGUCAUUUGAUCGAGUUGAAGGCGAAGAACAUGAACGUACGCGGCGUGAUGCGGCACCUGCUUAUCCAGCACUGCCGUCUCAAGAACAAAGAGAGAGCUUUGGAGAUCAAGAAAGAACUGGACCUGGAAGGUUUCCGGUACUCUGUGGGAAUGUACGCAGUGUUGAUGGAUCUAGCCGUCUCUACAAAAGAUCUCCCACUGGCUCUGCAGUACAAAGGUCAAAUGGAUAUGGAUGCCACUGACUUCAUCAUUGAUUCACACAAGAUUAUUAACUUGGGUGGCCUGAUGCUAGAAAAUGAUAAAAUGUCAGAUGCAAUGCAGCUGCUGGUGGAGCACAGCGAGAAGCGGGGUGACGCGCCCAUCAAGGAGGCACUGUCCGGAAACGCGUGGCGGCUGCUGAAUGUGCAGGCGAUGCGAGGCGACGUCCAGGGCACGCAGGCUCUGCUGGAGCUGCUCAUCAGCCGUGGAUACGUUCAGCCGUCCAACAUGCUCAUGGGCUGCCCCAUCAAGGCUCAUCUUGUCAACAAUGAUGUUGCUGGUGCACUAACAACUUUUGAGGAGUAUGUGAAGACAUACAAGUUUACACCAUGGAAGAAUGAGCUGUUCAGGAAGUUCAUUGAACUUGAAGAUUCUGACAGUCUGCAAAAAGUUAUGGAUCUCAGCAGCAGCAUUCACGGAGAGAUGAACGUACUGUUUGAGCUUGCUUUUGCCUUCCUGGAAACUGGAAGAGUUAAGCAGGCGAAAAAGAUUGUGGAAACGCCAGGUCUCCGUGCCAAGAUGGACCGGCUAGAGAACCUGUGUGAACAAGCCCUGAAGGACGACAAGUUUACCGUCAUUGAAAAUAUUGUAACCAUUACAAAAGACCUAUUUGACAUUGAUCGCGACACCAUGUACUAUCAUCUACUGCGCAGCUAUAGGAAGCAGGGUGACUGGCAAAAGGCGCUGGGUGUGUGGACGACGAUGCAGGAGGAGAGUGUGACACCGAGCGACCGCACGCUGCGCUACCUCGCCGCUCAGCUGCGCGAGAGCGGACAACCUGUGCCGUUCACCGUCGCCGACGAGCAGCCGCCACCGCAGCCACGGCGCGCCGCGCGACCCGCAGCCGCCACGGUUCAGGCUCCUCCGAGCAAACUGCUCGAGCUGGUAAAGCUGAGAGACCUGCAAGGAGCAGUGGAUCACAAGAAGGGGUUGGAAGCAGAGGGAAAGACACUGGACAAUAAAGAGUAUUCAAAUCUCAUUGAGCUGAUGCUAGAGGAGGAGAAACUAAAGGAUGCGUUAGCUCUGACAACUGAGAUGCUGCAGCAGGGAACUCAUCCGUACCAAAGGGUGCUGGUGUUCCUGCUCAGUCGCAUGCACCUGGCAGGAGACGUUGAUGGCCUACAGCAGCUUGUACAGCUCAUGCCUGAAGCCUUACAGUCCCGCGUCUUAAUCCACAAGCACCUCAACGUUGCCUACGUGCACAGUGGUCGUGCGGAAGAGCUAAUCAGCCAGAUUGAGGACAAGGUCAAAAAAGAGUCCCCAGACAUUUACUUCAAUGGAUUCCUGUUUCUUCUGAAAAAACACCCAGAGUAUCUUCCCAGAGUUGAGGCGCUGGCAAAUGCUGGGCAUGGGAACCUGCAGGCAACCUUGUGGGGCCAUUACCUUAUGACAGAGCAAUAUGAAAGCGCAGACAGCCUCGCAAAGGAGCACCCACUUGUAUUGGCACAUGUGAGAGUUGCGCCAAUUUGCAAGGAGGCACUCGAGACGAACAAUGAGAAGAUGUUGCUGAAUGUCCUUGAGAGAGUCAAGGGCGUCGAUCGGGUGUCUAGUGCAAUCCUGCUCAGCUACCUAGUAUCCCUGCAAACUCGUAAUGGUGACCUCACUGGAGGUCUACAGACUGUAAUGGAAAGAAGUAAAGCGGCUGGUAUCAAGCCAAGUGACAUGCGAACAGGCCCUCUCAGCAUGCUGAAGCGUGCUUUGGAGGCAAAUAGUCAACCUGUCCCUUUCCAGGUGCCAAGGGCACGGUCAAGUAAUAGAAGAAAUCAAGACUCUUCAUCCUCCAGUGAUUCAUCGGAUUCCGACUCGGACUCGGAUUCAAAGAAGAAGAGCCAGCCUCUUCACAGCUAGGUGCCAGCCAGGAAGCAAGAGUUCAGUGGUCGAUGGCAAUGACCAGAUUCUUUACACAGGCUCUCUGUGACUAGAUGAGAAUUUAGGACACCAUGUGCCCCCUCUGCAAGAGCAGCAAUUUUCGAAGUGUAACGGAUAAACUGAAGCAGACAGAUAUAGAUAGAGAGAGAUAGAGAUUGAGAGAGUGGAGCGCGAAAGAGAGCGAGAGAGAGAGGGAGCGAAAGAGAGGGGGAGAGAGAGAGAGAGAGAGAACCUCAGACUAUGCAAGGACAGAGGUAAGAUAAGACAGGGAGCCAGUUGGAUUAAAGAAGGAAGACAUGUCUGAAUGGUGUUCACCACUGUAUGAAACCUUCAAGUAAUUCGAACUGGUCUUCACAUUACCUCACUUCUCAGCUUGAACUGAAUUUGUUCUUUGUAUAAUUUGCGAUGCAAUUGGCCUCACGAUGGAUGUGGUAAUUGUUAAAUGGUAUUAUUGUCCAUGGAGGCAAAAACACGUGAAAAUAUUCAUCUUAUGCAUAUUAGAUGAGUCAUCAGGCAGUCGCAGGUGGUUAUUGUCUCUGGGAUGCAUCGAGCAAAGGUUAAUUGCUGGCUCGAGUAACGAGUGUUCUCGUGAGUGAUGUUGUACCACAGUGUGCAUGUUUUAGACUGACGGGUAUAACCAAAUUCCAUUGCGACGAUAAUUGUGAUACGUUUCUUCGCACCUGUGUAUUGUUGUGAAAUACGGGCAAAUUUUCCCGCCUUUGCCGCAUAAGUAGCUGGAUAGUGUGUUGAUUACUCGUUGUAACAGCUCACAACGAGUGGGGCUGCAUAAACAGUGCGUGUGAUGUACCCAGAGCAUGCCAACAGAGAGCAUUUUACCCAGUUCAAUUGUGUAGAUGUCAUGUUAGAAUUCUGUUGGAAUUGACCAUGGGGAAGCCCUCUUAUCUUGCAAGCAGCAGUAAUGCUUGCUAAGAUCGUUUCACAAGUUUAUUGCCACGCAGUUAUUGACAGCUAGAUUGUGUAACAAUUCUUGCUUGCUACCGUUCUGUAGCAUAGACCAGCGCCGCACCAUCCCUAGUCACGAACCACUGUAAAAUUCGUAAUAAGUACCAGUGAAGAAUAUUCACAAGUGAUUAUUGAUAGUAAAUGACUUGCGUCCACAAUGUUAGGAAUACUUUUCUUUUUAGCUGUCAUUGUAUGUUUCCGAUGUCAUUAUUGUUAGCUGUGUAACAGAGCGCUGUAAUAAAACUGCACUGUGUAUGUUUAGUGUUUAACUAAAAA